AUGGCAGUAAACACUACUACCUUUGGGGGUAUUACCUCAGGACGUAACCCAGUGGUGUAUAGCAGCUCUUCCCCAUAUACAAUCUUUCUACUUCAAGCUCUUAUUGUCUAUUUCUUUUCAAGUUUAUUGAACUAUCCGCUUCAAAAACUCAAACAACCCAGAGUCAUUGGUGAAGUCAUUGCCGGGAUCAUUUUGGGUCCUUCGGUAUUUGGCAAAAUCCCCCAUUUUACAGAAAAAAUCUUCCCAAAAGCAAGUAUUCCCGGUUUUACAUUGGUUGCUAACAUUGGGAUCAUUUUGUUUUUAUUUGUCAUUGGUCUUGAUGUGGACUUAGUUUUUAUGAAGAAAAAUUUGAAAGCGGCCUUGUCUGUGGGGAUUGCAAACAUGGCUUUACCAUUUGCAUUGGGGUGUGCAAUUUCGGUAGGAAUUUAUCAUGAAUAUCGUGAGAACGACGAGUCUUUGCCACAUAUCAAAUUUACCACUUACAUGGUGUUUGUCGCCACGGCAGUAUGUAUUACCGCUUUGCCAGUAUUGGCCAGAAUUCUACGAGAAUUGGGCUUGCAACAAGAUAGAGUCGGUACUAUUGUUUUAUCCGCUGGUAUUUUCAACGAUUUGGUUGGAUGGAUUCUUUUAGCUUUGUCCGUCACUUUAGCCAAUGCUGAUAAUUCCGUUAAUGUGGUUUAUAUAUUGUUGCUCACCGCUGGAUGGUUCCUCACAAUAUUGUUUCCAAUCAAGUAUCUUUUACACAAAUAUCUUAAAAACUGGACCAAUGAGGUCCGUGAAGGCCCAAACCACACCACCUUGACUUUAGUAUUUGGAUUAGUUUUCAUCAGUGCUUUUUUCACCGAUAUUAUCGGAGUUCAUCCUAUUUUCGGGGCUUUUAUGGUUGGCUUAAUUAUUCCAAGAGAUUAUGGUUUUGUGGAGAAGUUUGUGGAAAAAAUUGACGGUCUAAUCAGUGCAGUAUUCAUUCCUUUAUAUUUUGCCCUUGCUGGUCAAAGUGUUGAUUUAGGAAAAUUGAAUUCGGGUAAAGAUUGGGGCUAUAUUAUUGGUCUUUGUUCUUUGGCCUUCAUUGGUAAAGUUAUUGGCGGGCUUUUUGCUUCUAAAGCCACCGGCUUGUAUUGGAGAGAGUCUCUUGCUGUUGGGGUAUUGAUGUCUUGUAAAGGUAUUGUCGAAAUUGUGGUUAUCACCGUUGGUUUAAGUGCCCAGAUUUUGAAUGAAAAGACUUAUUCGAUGUUCAUCGUCAUGGCGUUGGUUACUACGUUCUUAACUACGCCUUUGACUAGGUUGGUCUACACUGAUUCUUAUAGGGAAAGCAUUUUGGCUGAGCAAGUCUCUGAUAAGAAAAAACAUGAAAGAACAUCAUCUUCAAGUGUCUCCAAUAACGAUAGUAUGGAUAUUAGCCCAGAAGAAAUUGUUAGGGAAGCCUCUACUGAAAAUAUCACACCUCCAGAAAGCCCCACCAAGACUAACCAGGAUAAAACAACUGAGCCAUGA